AUGUCCCCACUCAGGCUUUCAUAUGUAUACCUACUCUCACAAAUUGUACUUGGGUUGCCUGUAAUUGAUCUCAAUGGCCGAAGUGGUAUACCACCAACAACACUAACCAGCCAGGUGAUCGACAACGAGUACCCGCUUGAUCGCGUGCUAGAAAGCAAAGCAGCGUCAGAAAAUCCGCAGACGGCCAACACUGGAAGACAUGUCGAAACCACACUUGAUCUCACUAGCACCAAGGACACCUUUCAACAUUUCGACCCAAUUGAGGUCUUACCUAAAGUAGAGUCUGAACAUCGUCAGAAUCUGCACUCUGGACACCACGAUAGGGUACCUCACGCGUCGAGCUCACAAGAACGACUCAGAGACCUAGCCGCCUCGGCAACACCUUCUCUAGAGUUGAGGAGACGGGGCACUCCAGAAGAGGAAGAAAGCAAAAACGGAGUGCCUGUGAAAGAUAUUGAGGCCGAAAAACAAAGGAAACGUCAGAUAGAGAAGCAAGAGUACAUUCAACGGGGGCUCGCUCACGUGCUUGAGACCUCGAAAUGGCUUCAGGAGGUCAAUUGA